AUGGCAGUCCAGGAUCCCACUACCAACGGUUCGAAGCCCAUAUAUGGGGCCUACUACCCCUCCUGGGUGGCCGAUACCGUGCCUCCGUCGAAGCUCAACUUCUCCAUGUACGAUGUCUUGUUUUUCGCGUUCGCAACGCCCAGCUCUGCAUAUGGUGUUAGCCUUGAUGAUGGGUCUGCUUCCACGUUGAAUUCCCUGGUUAGUGCGGCCCGCAAUGGUGGUCAUGACACCAAGGUUGUCCUGUCAAUCGGCGGUUGGGGUGGCUGUGACCAUUACUCCGAUGCCAUGAAGUCGAGCAACAGAGACAGCUUCGUAGACGCAGUCGUGAGCGCUGUCAAGACAUACAACCUCGACGGUGUAGACGUCGACUGGGAAUAUCCCAAUGACGCCGGCGCGGGCAACGGCCAAGGGCACUCGUCGGAGGACGCUGCAAACCUACUCAGCUUCUUCCAGGCACUUCGCAAGAAGCUUGGGAACGAGGCAAUCAUCUCAGCCGCCGUUACGGACCAGCCCUUCAAAGGCCCAGACGGCAACCCACUCUCGGAUGUGUCGGAAUACGCAAAGGUGAUGUCCUAUGUCAACCUCAUGAAUUACGACGUGUACGGGUCAUCGUCGACUCCCGGACCGAACGCUCCUUUAGGCGAUCUUUGCGGCGACUCCUCCCAGCCAGAGUCCAGCGCCCAGGCGGCGCUGAAACAGUGGACUGCUGCGAAUUUUCCUGCGAACCAGCUCUUGCUGGGCAUGCCCCUGUACGGAUACGUCAGCAAGAGCAGCAAGCAGACGCUCCAACACCGCGACGCCGAUGGCGCGAGCAGCGGAAAGGAAUACUACCGAGAGAAAGUGCUGGCCAUGGCGGGGAGACAGUAUGCUGUGGGCGACGUUGCCCGCAGCGUCGACGAGAAUCGGCGAUUCGACACCAAAUUUGCCGAUGAUCAGUCCGUGUUCGUCAAUGGGGGACUCGGGCGCAGGGUCGGGAAAUCUCAGCAAGUUCAUGGGCCAACAGAUGCCUUCAGCGACCUUGUCUCGCAUGGCGUGCUGAAGCAGCUCGGCGACAGGUUCGUGGCCGAUAAUGGAUACACUGAAGGAUGGGACAACUGCAGCGAAACACCAUUCGUAUACGACACGUCGCGCGAGACUCUUGUCACCUACGACAAUCACACGUCGCUCGCACUCAAGACUCAAUGUGCGACAAACUCCGGCAUGGGUGGUGUCUUUACGUGGUCAUUGGACCAGGACCUCGAUAAUACUCUGCAAAAUGCGAUCAGAGCCAGUUUGAGUCUAAACACCAACGGUCUUCUGGGGCGCUGA